UUAAAACUAUGUAAUCGAUUGCUGCCAUUCACGUAUACAAGUUAUUAACAUUUGCGCUCGAGUAGAUUCGGAGAGUGUUUAAGAUAUUUUUCUGGAUAUCUGCUGUAUGUACCUCAUGUUUUAAGUCUUGGCACAUAACAAUUGAUGAACAGAAAGGAGGGAAUGCAGAUCUGACCAUAAACCUGUUCAUUUCACGAACACAACUAUGGCAGAAAACCCAGCUUUCCAACGGCGACCCAGCCCCGUUGACAUUGUCAUACAAGACAUGAAUGAUGAGGAAAGAAAAUACACGAAGCAGACCAAAAAACUCCGACGGCUAUUAAAGUGUUAUUUCUAUGCCGCCGUUAAGUACAAGAACAAAACGUGCUUCAUUCACGUCGGCUAUCUCGCAAUAUUCCUCAUACAAGUGGUCAAGGUCGCCCUCAUCACCACGCAGAUGUUUAGUUUCGGCCAUGACAGAGGCAACUUCAGCUCCACGGUGAACAGAGGUCACCUUGCCUUGAGGCACCUACUUCUGAAAGGCUGGGACGCAAGUUGGGAGACGUUACCAUACCCUCCGGCGCAAGGGGAUUUUGCCCUCUAUAGUAUAGAGGACCUGACGGAGGCCGUGGACUUUGCCGUGGAAAGGUAUUUUAACGCGGAGAAGGAUGCAAUCGGGUUCUAUGUCCGACUGCCGAUGGACGACAUGGUGGCUCAGAUUAAGUACUUCGAUUUCCCGGGGUUCUCAGACGACAAGGUCAAGUCGGGCAUCGUCAUUCACACGGAAACAUUUCCAAUAAAGCACGGCUUAAGUGAAACCAUUGACCCCACGACCAAGGAAGUCUCGUAUGGUUAUAGCAUCUCGCGAGAGUUCGAGUUCCUGAAACUCACUCAACCAAUUAAGAAGAUGCUGUUGACGACCUUGACGUUUCAACUACACUCCGUCCGAGUCCAUGAGAAAGACGCAAAAGCACGCUGUUUGCGGAUUAAAGGCGUUAUAUCUUUCCAAGACUUGGACAACAACGGCCAGGUGAACGUUGAUUUGGAGACGCUGACGUCCCGCAUCAAAUGUGCCGACAUGAACUUCGCGUCUUUAGCCGACCUAGCCUUGGACAAUACUUCUGACGCGGUGGCCGUUGCCGUAAUUGCUUUCUCAGUGAUAUCAGUGUUGCUGACACUAGCGAUCAUGAUUUGCGGGAUUGUUCUUUUUCUUCGCACCAAAGGGUAUAUGAAGGUAUAUUACCAGAAGUUCUACAAUCCACUAGCGAAUGGUGAAAGCGACCUCCCGUGGCGGGAAUAUACAAAGUUCUUCAAGCCUUGGGAUCUUCUUGUGAUCAUUGGCGAUGGUCUAACCUUGUUCGGAACAGUGUGGAUCAGGUUUAUUGGAGAGUCGAGCAAUUGGGUGUUGGCGACCCUGGACUCGUACACAGUGUUGCUGGGCAUAGGCUGUCUCUUCGCCUGGUUCUCACUCCUCCGCUUCUUCAAGUUCCACAAAAGGUUCUACUUGCUGUUCAGCACGCUGUACCGGGGAAUCAGGAACGUGAUGGCCUAUCUGUUGUGUAUCACUGUCCUCUUUAUGGGCUUCUGGGUCUGCGGCUUCGUCGUCUUGGGACCUUACCAUGUGAAGUUCCAAACUCCAGAAGCAGCCAUGGAAACUUUAUUUGCCAUUGUCAAUGGCGAUGAAAUAUUCGCUACCAUGGCCAUUCUAGAGUCGAAGAAGUCUGGGGAUAUUAUCAUUUUAUGGUUUUCGAGGAUCUAUAUUGGUCUGUACGUGACCAUAUUCACAGUCGUUGUCAUCAACCUACUGAUUGCAAUAUUCAUGAGUGCCUACGAGGAAAUAACAAAAUACUACAAAACUGCCCCAGAAGAACGGGAUCUCGGGCCAAUGGAACAAGCUUUGAGAAAGUUCCUACGAACGAACACAGAACGAAACAGCCUACGCUCAUCAAUAUAUGAAAUCUUGGACGAUGAACGCAGUUAUAGCACGGCAGAGAUGCCCCUGAAAAGUGAGUUGUCCAAACUGGUGAGAAUAUCGGAAUCGAAGAACGAUGUGGUGUUAUUUAGACCCACGACUCUAAAGGCGUUCAUGGAGGACGAAGAAGAUUCCAAGGACUGUGGCUGCUGUAAGUGUGUGCUUGUCCUGCUCGGCGGUACGAAAGUCAAUUAAUGAAUUUAAGAAUUGAAAACGUUGGCGAUUUCCCCCUAAUAGAUUGUUCAGAUAGAUAAUUACUUCCUUGUUAUUAUUCCAAUUCACCACACAAGAGCUCUUUCAGUGCUGAUGAUGAUAUUUAUCUUGAAGAAGAUGUGAACAAAAUUGUCCUUUUAUGAAAACAUUUUGACAUUGUUGUAGUGUUUGUCUCUGAAUCAGCUGAUUUGGGUUUCAAUGUUUUCAAUACAGUCAUAAUUAUAAGAUAACUGACAAUAGAACAGAUGGAAAACUGCUGAUAACAUCAUUUUUUAAAGCGUUAGUAACGUUUUUAGUCAUUAAACAUCAAUCUUAAUAUGAAAUAAACUGCAAUCUGUUCUUUUGUCAGCAGUCUUGUAUCAUCCGCUUUAAGACAAAAAUCCUCUCAUUCCAAGACAAACAAUAAAAAAAAGUUGUCAAAAUGGUCAAUCUGUGAGAGUGCAGCUUUUCACAUUCAUACAAGUGCUGAUAUUACUUACAAUGUGACUGAUUUUUUUGUUUUGUAUAGACAGUUAAUACUGUAUUGCACCGUAUGUAUAAUAAUGAUAAUGGUAAAUAACCAGGUUCGUGAACAAAGGGCAUCAUUGAUCCGAUUUUAAAGAAAGUGAGAUCUUGCCGGUUGGUAUCGCGCUUUGAUUAGAAUGUCUUUUAUUGCGUUAGAGAAUAAACGUUUGGUGUGAAAAUAUAAUUGUUUUAAAUGAUGCACAAUAUGGAUUUAAAGAUACAUUAGCACUACUGAUUGUGUGUUGUUGUUUUUUAUCUUAAGUAGUAUUUUUCAGAAGGUUUAAAAAAUCAAAACUGUAUGACGCCUUUAUUGAGUAUUCGUAAGCCGUGUAUACAGUUACUCACGAGACUGGAUGGAUAACACUAGAACACUCUGGUGUGACCUGUACACUCUUGUGUGACCUGUACACUCUUGUGUGACAUGUACACUCUGGUGUGACCUGUUCAAUGUAAAAAAUGAUCAAAUCUAAACUCAUAUGAAUUUAGAUUUUGGUACACAAUUGUAGAAAUAUGAAUAGUUUUGACUUGUUAAAUGUUUCACUUGGUGUUAAACAAGGAUAUUGUUAUCUUAUUUCUCAAUGAUAUAAGCGACGGUAUUAAAGUUGAGCACAUAACUAUUUAGAUCUCGAAGUAUUGCCUGUAUAUAUGCUGUUGUUAGCUGAUAAUAUUGCUUUCUUCCCUUUAGAUCCGAAUAGUUUACAAGAACUGUAGCAAUAUUCUUGUAGAUUGAGUUGGAAAAUGUUAAAAACCAAAGUAUGUGUAUAUGAGACACCCACAACUAGACACAGAAUAUAAGAACAGAACAGAACAGAACAGAAUUUAUUAGAUUUAAACCAUUACGGUUUCUCAUCAUAAAGAUAUACAAAAUAGAUAAAUGCAAAUGUUAAACAAUAAGCAAUAUAAGAGUAUAAGUUGCUCCAUAUUAAAAAAGUGACAAUUAAAUAUUAAGCAGUGCAUGAGCUCAUAAAGAUUAAAACAAGAGAACAAAUGAUAAUAUUUCAUGACAUCAUGGAUAUAUUAAUGCAAAGAAAAAAGAUCAUACAGUGUUGUUCAAUAUGUUAUUUCUAAUUCGAUAUGCAUCUCUUAUAUAGGUGGUAAGGUUAAUAAGUUCGUUUCUUCUUUUAGAAUUAAGCAGUGAAAGCAUUUUGAAAACACUUGGAUUUCUCCAAUAAAAAGUUUUAAUGUGUUUUUGUCUAAGAUCUCCAUAAGGUGCACAAUUAAACAAAAAAUGAUGUGAUGUAAUUAUUGAUGUUGUUGACUCAUUUACAUAUUCACAUAUGGAGGAAAUAAAAGAUCUAUCUAGCCUACAAUCUAUGUAGUGCCUACUUUCUGUGUUAAGUAAAAUCACAUUCAAUGUUAAAUCUUAAAGAUGUUUAACUCAUUGAUUGCUUCGAUUUCACUGUGUGGAUCUGAACUAUGGGAAAUAUACAAUUUCAAAGAAGUUGAAAGAAUACACCUUUUUGUGUAAGCACCUUCUUGAUGUAUAACCACACAAUUCUUGUGCAGCAGUCCGUGGUGAACUGGGUAGAUAUAUUUUGUCUGUUGAAUGUAAAGAUUGUGUGCUGAGGUAUUUGGUUUACAUGUGAAAAGUACUAAUACUCAUAUUAAUUUUAUUUAUGUAGAACCGUUAUAAGUUGUACGUGUGAAUAAAAAUAAUGCUUAUGUCGCCAUAACAAUGUCCGAUAACAUAGUAAAGUAUUGUAAACUGGAGUGCGUUCAAUGCUGAUUGUAUUUAUUUGUCUUUAAACAACGUCUGUACGGUCAAUAUACAAGAAUGAAAUGCAACUGUAGCUAGCCAGCAAAAUUCAAAAUAUAACAAACUGACUUUUGUAACUAAACUUGCAAAAAAAUAUUUUUGUGUUGUUAACAAUGUUGCUUGGAACAAAGUGUUAAGAUUACCUUUAAGUAUCAGACUGAAUACAGAAAUAUGUCAUGAUAUUGAACGAACUGCAAAUGUUGUAAUGUGAAGGAAAUUAUAUUAGAAUGUCGCCAUGUUAUGUUGUCCACUUAUUCGAGGUUUAAGACAAACAGAUUCUAUACAUGUAUACGUUUCAUCCAUUAUAACGUUUGUUAAUAUGAUGACACACCCGUUGUGUAAAACUACUAGAAAUGUUUCCAUGUUUAUACACUAUGCUAUGUUAAUAAGACAGAAAAAGCUUAAUACUGUACCUGCUUCACAAUCCACUUUUAUACUAAUUUAAGUGUCCUUUUAUACCAUAUACGUACUAAAAAUAAAAUAAUAUACUAACUAAUAUAAGUGUUGUAGUCAUUUGA